AUGGGCAACACGCAAGGCUCUGAUGUGCACCAUGAGCAGGCCCCGGGACAGCACAGAACAGUGAAGUCAAAACGCAGGAAAGAAGCCCCCUGUCAGAGAGAGGAGAGGGCUAUACAAUGUGGAAUUCUGCUGCCUCCAAGUCCAAAAGAUUUGGCCCGCCAAAAUGCACGCUAUGUGACAAAAAUGAUUCAAGUGGGUACAAGACCACGCUUCCGAAACCGAUCGACUAUGACAGAAUUUGAAAUAAAGCCUAUCACUUCUAGCAUGAGGGGUACACUGGGCCAUAGGCUCCAUCACAUUAGCCAUUCGGAAGACAGACAACGUCGUUUAUCCAACUCCUUCAUGCAUCUGCAGGACCCUUACCGGUCCCCCACAGCACCUUAUCCCGACGUUAUGCCUGGAUCGUGUAUUUUCACAACAAAACAACCCCUAUACUUUGACUUGCCUAAAAUAAGCCGUACCUCACCCAAAUGGAUGUUUGGAGUGCCACCUAUGAACGAUUUCACUGCAUUCCAACCAGGUGUCCUACAACCACCUUCGGCAUCAGGUGAUAAUUUUUGGCAAAAUCCAAAAUCUCUUGAUCACUUUGAGCCAUUUAAGCAAUCACAAUCAUCAAACAGAUCCCAACACGUACAUAUUGUUGAGAAACCCGAAAUUAUACCACCAACAGCAACAGAUGGGUGUCUACCCUAUGUUCUCCGAAAAGCACGAUCAUGGGAUGGUUUUCUUGAUCAUCAGUAUGGUGAUAGACUUGAGGAAAAAAGAACUCCACUAGCGAUGUCAAUGGACACUAUUUUGCUUCCACAGCAAUCACUUCGAAGUUCAUCGCUCAAUGUACCUUUGAAAUCUCAGAUUCCUCCAACAUUUUACUCAGAUGUCUGUAAUACAUCUUCGUGUUUCCCAUUGCCACGCGGCUCUGAUGGGUUUGUGAUCCCCGACACAAAUCAAUCAAAUCAAUCUUAUGGACCUGCAAAUGUCGAAAGAGUGGGUAUCGGUGGUGAUUACAUACCAUUCUACAGGCCUCAAUGUCAAUGCUGUUCAGUGUCGCACUUCGCCCACCCACUGCUCUAUGGGCCCCACGCGGGUCCCAUCGUUCCAGCACUUAGCAUGGCAAACUUGAGUGAACGUUGUAUGAGAGGUAUGUCACACUUCUCCAGAGCCAAUUCAAUGCGAACAUUCAAAACAGGGAUGAUAGAGAAUGAAAGGCGACGUCUAAUGGGUUUGGGGAUGGCGAACAACGCUUAUGGUUGGUCCAGUCCCACUUCGCCAGCUCGUGGAGGUUUGGCAAAACAGAUCUGUCCUCUUGGUGACGCAUUCGAUAAAGUUGCUAAGAAUGCACCUCGUCUCAAGUCCGUUUCUUCUGGACAUCCUAGUCGAUUUCGCUUUUACUUAAAAGAGUCACCGCAAGUGACAAAGAUCCUUUUGGACACUGAGGAUCGUAGGAUUCGUACCAUCUGUGAUCGCUUUCAAUGUGAUUUGGAAGUGUACUCGAAAGUACCCAAAUCGGGUUUCCUGCAGUACGCCGUCGAUAUAACUGCACCCGACAGCACCAGUCUCUACGCUUGCUCGAGGAAUUUGGACUCCGCCCUAGGCUGGUUCCUCACUGCGCAACUCACUGCUGCCCGCUACCUCAAGUAUUGA